AUGAAGGCCAAAACUACACAGGUAUUGGAUAAUUUAUAUUUAAAUAUAUCUUUUCAUACCUAUCUAUCUAUCUAUCUAUCUAUCUAUCUAUCUAUCUAUCUAUCUAUCUAUCUUAUUCUUCUGCUAUUCCUUUCCUACCUAUCUAUCUAUCUAUCUAUCUAUCUUAUUCUUCUGCUAUUCCUUUUUCCUAUCUAUCUAUCUAUCUAUCUAUCUAUCUAUCUAUCUAUCUAUCUAAUUCUUAUCCUAUUCCUGUCCUUUCUUAUCUAUCUAUCUAUCUAUCUAUCUAUCUAUCUAUCUUAUUCUUAUCCUAUUCCUUUUCUAUCUAUCUAUCUAUCUAUCUAUCUAUCUAAUUCUUAUCCUAUUCCUUUCCUUUCUUAUCUAUCUAUCUAUCUAUCUAUCUAUCUAUCUAUCUAUCUAUCUAUCUUAUUCUUCUGCUAUUCCUUUCCUAUCUAUCUAUCUAUCUAUCUAUCUAUCUAUCUAUCUAUCUAUCUAUCUUAUUCUUAUCCUAUUCCUUUCCUUUCUCAUCUAUCUAUCUAUAUAUAUAUAUUUUGUUUUCUCUCUCAUUACGUCUUUCUUUCCACCUUGUUUUCCCUCUUUCUCUCUAUCCCCCUCUCUUACGUAAAUCAUUAUCACCUUUCUUUUCUCAGACACACUCUCUUAUUACAUCUUUUUUUCCACCUUGUUCUCGCACUUUCUCUCUAUCCCUCUCUCUUACGUAAGUUAUUAUCGUCUUUCUUUUCUAAGACACACUCCCUCUCAUUGCUUUCCCCCUUUCUCUUUAUCCUCCUCUCUUAUGUAAAUCAUUAUCAUCUUUCUUUUAUCGACCACACUCUCUCAUUACAUGUUGUUCUUAUUCUCUCUUCUUUUCUCCAUAUCUCCUUCUCUCUCACGAAAAAAAAACUUUUUAUUGUUAAAAUUGUUAUUAAAUAUUUACUUUACUUUAACGAUCACUUUUUCGUCUCUCUUUCUUCUUCUUCUUCUUCUUCUUCUUCUUCUUAUUAUUAUUAUUAUUAUUAUUAUUAUUAUUAUUAUUAUUAUUCCUCCUCUUCUUCUUCAUCUUCUUCUUCUUCUUCUAUUCCUCCUCCUCCUCCUUCUUCUUCUAGUCCUCCUCCUCUUCCUCCUCCUUUUUCUUCUUCUAUUCCUCCUUCUUCUUCUUCUUCUUCUUCUUCUUCUUAUUAUUAUUAUUAUUAUUAUUAUUAUUCCUCUUCUUUUUCUUCUUCUUCUUCUUUUCCUUUUCCUUUUUUCUUCUUCUUCUUCUUCUUCUUCUUCUUCUUCUUCUUCUUCUUCUUCUUCUUCUUUAAUGCUUUUAAUUCACGACGUCUUGUUGAAUAA